CUGAGCUCGGCGCGGAUCCCAGGGCCCGGAAAGCCGCCCGCCACCCGCCCCCUGUGCAUUGGGCGGCAGCCCCGGCCGCGGCAGCCGGGCUCCCGGGGAGGGGAGCUCGCCCGGCCAUGGAGCCUUCGCACAAGGACGCCGAGACGGCGGCGGCGGCGGCGGCCGUGGCGGCGGCGGAGCGGGGGGCGUCCUCGUCCAGCGGGGUGGUGGUGCAAGUCCGCGAGAAGAAGGGCCCCCUGCGCGCCGCCAUCCCCUACAUGCCCUUCCCGGUGGCCGUCAUCUGCCUCUUCCUCAACACUUUCGUGCCGGGACUGGGGACGUUCGUCUCGGCCUUCACCGUGCUGUGUGGCGCCCGCACGGACCUCCCGGACAGGCACGUGUGCUGUGUCUUCUGGCUGAACAUCGCCGCGGCCCUCAUCCAGAUCCUCACGGCCAUCGUCAUGGUGGGCUGGAUCAUGAGCAUCUUCUGGGGCAUGGACAUGGUCAUCCUCGCCAGCUACAAGGAGCAGGGCAUCCCACAGCAGCUGUGAGCCCGGGCGAGCCGCUGAGAAGCCCGGUGCCCAGGAGGGCCACGUCAGGCAGCGGCCGGCCCGGGGUCUUCACGUGUUCUCUUCUGCCGCUUCCUGGGCUUGGAGUGGAAAGAAGGGGAUUUGAGAAUACUAUUUAUUUUGAAAACGCACCUGCUUUUCUCAGCAGGCUCUGAGAGCUGCCAGCUCCUCCUGCUGCUCCAGAGAGUCUUGUAGCGCAGACGCCCAGAGGGCAUCUGGGCUGGGUGGGGAGUCGGUGGAGGUGGGAAUGCUGAUGCAAGAAGCUGGAGCACCCCAGGCUCGGGCCGCCUCGCCUCGUCCGCUGCCCACCGUGCGGACGUGCGGGGUGGCCAGGCCAGGCAGCAGUGACCCCGUCCAGGCGAGCAGGGCUCGUCAAGGGGCAGGACUACGGGGGACACCUCCUCCGGGCCCCUGUGGGAGUGGUCUCCUGGGGGCAACACCGGGGUGUGAGUAAGGAUAGACAGAUUCCUGCCCGGUGUGGAAAAGCCUGCUGUGCCCUCAGCUGUACGCGGGGACGGGUCCCUACGGGUGUCUGCUGGCCCCAUGGCCGCCCCCAUCUCCUCACCCCUGAAGUCUCCAGGUCUGGGCGGAUCUGACCUUUGUUUCCCUGGGAAAGAAGGCAGUGGCUCCAUUCCUGGGGCAAAACUGCUGGAAUUGCCAGAUGUUCAUGUACACAUUCACCAACCCAGGUUCACGUGGGCAGCCUUCCCCAUCAUACUCAACACUGUCUGGGGCCUGCACUCCUUUCUCUGAAAUCCUUAGGGCCGACAGGUCUCUGACUUCACAUGUUUUAGAUCUGAGGAAGAGAAGAAGAAACGUUUGCCAUCCAUUUCGUGACAGCCCAGCGGAGUCUAGACCUGCUCACACCAUGAAACACGGGACCAUUUCUGCAGAGGAGCAUGUGAAUAAUCAGACUUAUUAGGAUCAAUAAAACUGUAAAUAGCUUCGCCUCA